GAUUUGCAGUUUUUUUUAUUUAUAUACCGGCACGGCACGUACCCGGUGUGUGUAAUACUUUCGUUUCUUGCAACACGAUCGAACAUCGCGUUCGAAGAAAUUACGUUCGUUCUUAUAUAAUAUAGAAGAAAGAAACCCCCACGAUGAUAACGAGAUACAGUUGCUAUUCUUUCGAACAUUUCUAUCGCUUCUCCGCGGUAGAAUCGUUUCGUAUGAAAAUUACCAACGAUCCCUAACAUUCGCCUGCACUCUAUACUAUUCUGUCAUCGACCUUAUUCAUUAUUUUCACCUAUCUUUAUCCUAUAUUUCCGUAUCCUAUAUUUCGAUAGCAUUCGACGACUAAUCUUCCUGUAAAAGAUAUGCAACUCUACGAUCGUUCGAUCCACGAUUUCAUUCGUACACGUUCUUCGCGCUACAUCUCAACAUUUAUGAUACAAUGUCCUGUCGUUUUCGAAUGCAUCGGCUAGGAAACGCACUCGUCCGCACAUACGCGAUCGCUUUCAGAGUCUUACCUAAUAAAUGUGUGUCAAAUUCGUUUAGACGUUGUGCACAGUUUCUACGAAAUCUUUCAUUUUAUUACACCGUUCGAUUCACUCGUAAUCGGUUGUUGUUUCAUUUCAUUCCUUCGAAGGUUUUUAUUUCAAUGUUUAUAUAACCUAAUUGCUUCGAACAUCUAAAGGUUAAUUUCUUUUUUUCUUUCAUUUUCUUUCUUUCGAUUCGUUUGCCUUCAAAUUAUUUUAUUCGGAAAUAGUGACGCAUUCGUUUCAAAGCCACAUAUUUCGAUAUUUUAUGCCAAUUAAUCGAACAAGUCUCCAUUUUUCAUUACCUUUACAAUUUUAAUCACAAUCGGUAUUGUUAUUUUACUUAUAGGUAUACUUAAAAAGUAUAGAAAAUGUCGAAAUUCUACCACUGUAUCCUUUGUCAAAACAUAAAUGCUUCCAUCGUGGACUUGCAUAAUCAUCAUAUUCGACAACACACCUUGGAAGAGUUAUCGUACACCAUUAUCGAUUUACAAGGCUUCCAAUUCAACAAAGAAAACUCUAUUAAAUCUGUUAUACUAAGCAAUAAUAAUAAUAACAAUAAGAACUUAUGCAAUCAUUUCGUUAUCAAGACCGAAAAGCCAGAUUACCAUGAUGAAAUCGUCGUCGAAAAUCUAUGCGCCGAUUUGAGUAAAAGGAAGCAGAGAGGAACAAAGAGUAAGAAUAAGGCGAAUCCUAGUAAUACGAAAACUAAAGAGAAUGUAAUUUGGCUCACAGACAAUGACAAGACUAAAACAGCAAAUAAACCUUUGCAAGAAUCUAAUCAUCUGCCUAUGCAGAUUUCUAGAACUGCCUCUUCCAGCAUCGAACAUUCUGUUCAUAAUACCAUGGUUAACAAUGAAAUUUUUAACAUCGAAUAUAACAAUGUUACUGCUCUGACGCUGUUAGAUAUGGAGCCUGACAAACAUUUUUUAAUCUAUGAUCCAUCGAAUGCUAGCUUUUCUUUGGGUUCAAUCGAUGCUGUGAGUUCUGAGAAUACAGAAACUCUUAUGGAAGAAACUGUGGACUCUAUUUGAGCAUGAAAAAAAAUGUUAAAAUUUAAGUGCAAUUCAAAUAAGUAUUAUUCCUAUUUGUAUUAACGUUAAUCCCUAUUUAAAGUAAGUCUUUUUUAUCGGAACUUUACCUUGAUUACCAGUAUGCGAGGAAUGGAAUAUUUUACUUUUCUUUUAAUUUUUAUUUGAUCUCAUCUAUGUACACGAUAAUCCACUGUUAUUAAUAUGUA